ACCGGAAGUGCAUUGUGAGGCAACCCGGAGAGCGUCGCGCCAUUUUAUUCAGCAGAGGAGUGGUGAAUAAAGUCAUUUUUUUUUAAUUAGCGUAAAUUAGUUUUUGUUUUAGUUUUAGAACAGAAAUGGGAAGAAAGAAGAAGAAGCAGCUGAAACCGUGGUGUUGGUACUGCAACAGAGACUUUGACGACGAGAAGAUUCUCAUACAGCAUCAGAAAGCCAAACAUUUCAAAUGUCACAUAUGUCACAAGAAGCUGUACACGGGACCCGGCCUGGCCAUACACUGCAUGCAGGUGCACAAGGAAACGAUAGACGGAGUUCCUAAUGCGAUUCCCGGGCGAACCGACAUUGAGCUGGAGAUCUACGGCAUGGAAGGGAUUCCGGACAAAGACAUGCAGGAGAGGAGGCGGCUUCUGGAACAGAAAUCUCAAGAAAGCCAGAAAAAGAAACAGAACCAGGAUGACUCCGAUGAGGAUGAUGACGAAGAUGAAGCUGGACCGUCAGCAUUUCAGCAGCCGCUCGUUGCCCAGCCACAGACCGCCUACAUGCCCCCGGCCAACUACUCAGGUAUGCCUCAUAUGAUGCCUGGAGUUCCUCAUAUGAUGCCCGGAAUGCCUGCAGUGAUGCCUGGCAUGCCACCUGGUAUGAUGCCGAUGGGAGGGAUGAUGCCCCCUGGGCCCGGAGUGCCCCUCAUGAUGCCAGGAAUGCCCCCAGGAAUGCCCCCUCACGUACCCCGGCCAGGGAUUCCCCCAAUGGCUCAGGUACCUCCAGUGACAGCACCAGGUGUUCCACCCCGACCUGCCGCGCCCGUCGCCCCGCCCACUGCCUCCAAACCUCUCUUCCCCAGUGCUGCUCAGGCUCAGCAGCCUGUGCCCGCUAACGCCGAUCCUCCCAAAGCCACUUUCCCGGCCUACACCCAGCCUCCGUCAUCCUCCUCUACCUCCACCUCUUCUUCCUCUGGUCCUGCUAGUAGCACUGUGGCUAAACCGAACCCCCCAGCAGUCUCUGCUAAGCCGGCCACCAUCUCCAGCUCCAGUGCUACCAGUAAGUUGAUGCACCCUGAUGAGGAUAUCUCGCUGGAGGAGAGGCGAGCUCAGCUGCCUAGGUAUCAGAAGACGAUUCCUCCUCAUCCUGGGCCGACUGUAACUGUCGCAGCGCCCCCUGCUGUACAGGUGGCAUCAUUACCUCCGCAACAGCCUCCCAUCAGACACCCCAUGCACGGUCAGUACGGUGCACCUCCUCAGGGAAUGCCAGGUUACAUGCCGGCGUACGGACAGGUGCCUCAGUACCAGGGCAUGAGCCGAUACUGACACGCCCGCGAGGUUUGCCUCAUUUUCUGCUGUUUAUUUAGAUGAUUAAACAAACAAAAUGCACGGAGAGACUCACGGCACCACGCAGGACGCUCACCUCACACACCCACCUCUGAUUAUCAUUAUGGACUUUACCUUACGGUUUUUUGUUUUCCUCCAGAUUGUUUAUCGUUCAGGUUUAGAGCUGUAACAGUGUCAGCGUUGCUGUAAGGCAAGUCGAUGAUGAUGAUGAUUCUAAUGAAUAGAAUAAUUAACAUCACUCUAGUGUGUGUGUGUGUGUGUGUGUGUGUUUAGUCAGCAUGGAGCCUUCGCAGCAUGGUAGUGUGCUGUUGGACGUCGUGUCCCCAACGCUGGUUUGGUGAGGGCUUCAUCAUAGGCAUGUGCCAAUAAUCAGGUCAACACACACAUGCAUACUUUAUAUUAUAUGUAGAGAUAUAAUAUCAUGUGUGUUUGUGUGUGUAUCUCACAUUGUACUUUUAAUUUAACCUUUCUCUGUUUGUUUUUGGGUAAAAACCUUAGCCCCAGGUUUUUUAUAACACAUUUUAGACACAUUCCAGUUUGAACUGGUUUGGCACAUGCCUACUUACUGUGUGUGUAUGUGUGAAUCUCAGUAAACACUUUAUUGUAUGUUUGGACCUUUUGUUUUUUGUUGCUUUUUUUUUUUAAAUUUUUGAAACAUGGAUUAAUAAACAUUAAUUUCCCUUC